AUGAAUGCUGUAAUCAAUUGAUCAAAACAACUGACUUCAUCACCUAAUCUAACACGUUUUUCAACAAUCUUAUGAAUGCUUUUAUUUACAAAUGUCAAACAAACCAAUACCUUUAGAAUCCAUUUCUUGAUUUUGAAUCUCGAAGAAGGCGCUAAAUCAAACAGCUUAAGGAUGAAAAAAAGCAAAUACAGAAAGUAUUUCUUACGAGACGUCGAAAUUCCUCUAACCAAGAGUAAUGCAACAGUAUGGAAAGCAACAAGAGGCACGAGCACAUCUGAGCCUGAUGUGAAACAAGUCGGUCAACCUAAUGUCAAGUCUUGUUUGGUCUCAAUAAAUAAAUUCAAACAGCCGGAGCUACAUACAGCUUUAAACGUACGCAAACAAAUCGAUGAAGUUAAAAACAUUCAUUCGAAGGCUCCAGCUAAUAUUGGAGAACUAACUCCCAAAAGCAAGAAAUUCGUACGCGAAGAGGUGACCAAAAAAUUAAAUUUCAAUCACGAUGAAAAUGUAUUCAAAGGAUUGGUACCAGUGAACGUGAAUGAUUCCGUUCUGAUUCCCAUCAGGAAAAAAUCCAUCCGUGUUAACUACGUUAUGAGGGAAAAGCGAGAUCCCGAACCAGAUUUGGCCGAGUUUCUGCGCCCGAUUCCAGCAUUUAACUUAGAUUUUGAUCCAUAUUUGCCACCAGAAUCAAUUCCUCAACGUCCUAACUUCAACAAUUUCGAUCAUAUUAUGGAUGUGUUCAACAAAAUAGAUGUGGGAGCUUGAAUUAUUAAAAAUAAAUCAUUCGAUUCGAUGUAUUGUAAAUGUAUGUAUUCAAAUAAUAAAACGUACAAUGCUUC